AUGCCGGCGGCGCAUCGGGCCGAGGCGCAUACCCUCGGCAUGGGAGAGAAAUUCACACAAAUACCCCUUCUCAAUACGAUAACCGACGUGCAGGUGAAAGACGUUGUGACCGACCUCAAGCGGUAUGUCAUCGAGCUACGAGCGAUCCCCAACCAAGGCAGCAAAUUUCAAAUCUGCAACUCCGAGGGCGGAGGGAUCCUAGACUGGUGCAUCCCUGACAGCCGGUCGGAGGAAUUGCGUUUUCGAACAGAGUCCGACUUUCAUGACAACAAUGACUGA